CCUUUUGUCCUUUUAGUCGGAAAUCAUUCGUCAGGGAAGUCUAGCUUCAUCAACUAUGUUCUAGGUAGAAAGGUUCAAACGGCAGGGGUUGCCCCCACGGACGAUUCCUUUACUAUUAUCGCACCGGGUCCAGCCGAUCGCGAUCAAGAUGGGCCCGCCUUGGUAGGCGAUCCGGACUUGGGAUUCUCGCAGCUGCGUCAGUUUGGUCCCACGCUGAUGCAUCACACGGCGCUAAAGAUUCGGUCUGAUAUCGACAGUAACUUUAUUAUGGUGGAUUCGCCAGGUAUGAUUGAUGCGCCUGCCAACUAUUCUGGCAUGCUCACUAAAGAUGCUCGCGUCAUGGACCGUGGGUAUGACUUCACGGGAGUGGUACGAUGGUUCGCCGACCGUGCCGAUAUUGUAUGCUUAUUUUUUGAUCCUGAUAAGCCGGGAACAACGGGUGAAACUCUGAGUAUUCUACUGCAUGCACUGAGUGGCAUGGACCACAAGCUGUUGAUCGUACUCAAUAAGGCGGACCAAUUCCAGAAAAUUCACGAUUUUGCUCGAGCCUACGGAUCCUUGUGUUGGAAUCUAAGCAAAGUAAUACCAAGGAAGGAUUUGCCUCGCAUUUUC